AUGGCCGGAAACAAUCGUAAUGCCUGGAACGUACGCUCUUCAAACGUGUCAAAGCGCGCUCAUAAUCCCAUUCGCCAAAUCGUUGAUAAACUGAAGGUUGAUCCCCAAGCCCAAAAGUCGUUCAUAAGUCUGUCUGUUGGCGAUCCAACCGUUUUCGGUAACUUCAAUGUGGACCAAAGUGCCAAUGAUGCUAUUGCCAAGCAAUUAUAUACGUUCAAACACAAUGGCUAUCCACCUGCUCAUGGUACCGUGCAAGCCCGAGACGCUGUCGCUCGCAAGUUCGGAAUCCCGGAUAAGGCGCCACUUACGGCUAAUGAUGUAAUCUUAACCAACGGUUGCUCGGGUGCUUUGGAAAUUUGCUUUAACGUACUCUGUAACCCCGGCCAAAACAUUUUGCUUCCUUGCCCCGGCUUCUCGCUGUAUCGCAGCUUGGCUGAUAUCAAGCAGGUUGAGGGCCGCUACUAUCGCCUAAUGCCUGAGAAAAACUGGCAAGUUGACCUUGAACACUUGGAAUCAUUGAUUGAUGACAAUACUGCUGCCAUUCUGGUCAAUAACCCAUCAAAUCCAUGCGGAUCUGUGUACCCGCGCGAGCACCUUGAAGCCAUCCUUGCCGUGGCUGCCAAGCACCACGUUCCCAUCAUUGCUGAUGAGAUUUACUGUGAUUUGGUAUUUGAGGGCAAUACAUUUCACCCAAUGGCAUCGCUUACGCAAGAUGUGCCCAUCCUGUCGGUCGGCGGCUUGGCCAAGAAAUGGCUCGUACCUGGAUGGCGUGUCGGGUGGAUCUUGAUCCAGGAUCGUCAUGAUGUUUUAAACAAGGAAGUCCGAGAGGGUUUGUUGAACUUGUCGCAAGUUAUUCUCGGUCCAAACUCGGCUUCCCAAGGUGCAUUGGAUGAUAUCUUGCAUCAUACGCCGCAAUCCUUCUAUGAUGAUACCAUCAAGCAGUUGGAGCACAACACAAGCCUCAGCCUUUCAGCAGUAUCUAAUAUUGAUGGGUUGAACCCAGUAACGCCCCAAGGUGCCAUGUACAUGAUGGUUGGCAUCGAUAUUGAAAAAUUCAAGGACAUCGCGUCUGACGUAGAGUUCAGUCAGAAGCUCGUUGCGGAAGAGAAUGUUUUAUGUUUGCCAGGACAGUGUUUCGAUUAUCCCAACUAUAUUCGCAUUGUAAUCACCCCACCAGCAGACUGCCUUGCUGAAGCAUAUGAACGCAUGGCUCAGUUCUGCGCAAGACACCGCAAAUAG